AUCCGACUUCCCAUUCAACUUUCCACAGAACAAUGGCUUCGAACCAUCGAACAAGUAUUACUUUUACUGCUCAUCGUAGGCAGGUGGAUGUUACCAAAAGGAAAACUUACACAUGAUCAGUUGUCACAGCUCCUAUUAGUGUAUAUUGGUACUGCUGCGGACAUUGUGGAGUUCUUUGAGGCGUUCAAGGAAGACGUGGUAAAACACAAUCGCCUCUUGUCUAUGGUUAUCCUUGGUAUCUGGUCGUGGAGUCUACUUCAGUUCACUCUCGUCCUCACAGCUACCCGGGCUAGGAAGGACCAAUCCGGGGUACUUACGCGAAGUGUCAGCAAAGAUGACGAUCGUUGUUGCACUCCCGAUGUGUUCGGAAUUAUC